AUGGUGCGGACUAGAGCGGACAGUCUCCCGGGCACCUACAGAAAAGCUGAAAAUAAGUAUGCAGGAGGGAAUCCAGUUUGUGUGCGCCCAACUCCCAAAUGGCAAAAAGGAAUUGGAGAAUUCUUCAGAUUGUCCCCUAAAGAUUCUGAAAAAGAGAAUCGGAUUCCUGAAGAGGCAGGAAGCAGUGGUUUAGGAAAAGGAAAGAGAAAAGUACAUCCUUUGCCACCUGAUGACACAGAUGACGAAGAAGAAUAAAACUUUCUUAUUCAUCCUUGACUAAUGUCUCCUGUUUACUCUGGUAUCCUAGGAUGUAAAUUUGCAUAAAUGUAUUUGUUCCAGUUAGCUUUGUUGAAUAGGCAUUUAAUUAAAAAUGAGGGUUACAAAUAGUUAUUCAAAAGCAACUAGUUAAGAUAUUGCAAGAUUUACUAGAUAAUUAUGGUUAUUUACCUUAGUAUUCAAUAUAAUGCAGUAUUUGGUUUCUUUUACCUGUUAUUAAGCUUCUUGUUCUUGCUAAAAAGAAAUUGCAUGUUGUAUACAACAAAUCUGCUGUAUUUGAGAUUUGCUUAGAUUUUUGUACUGCUGCCAUUUUUACUGGCAUUAGAUUUUUAUUUUCGUUCCUUUUAUUUGAUUUAAAAAGCAGAGUUGGAUUUCUGCACAUUUAAAAAAAUCAGUAUUAAUUAAACCACACCUGUAUUCUGUUUAAGAAUGGGGGCUAAUGUUGAAAAAAUUUGAUGGUUAUCUGUGUUUUCCAUAGAAACAAGUAAGGGCAAUUUGAUCCUGAGGGUUUCAGGCAGGAAGAUUUCAUAGACUACAUUAAAAGAGAAGAAUUUUCUUAGAAUAUGCAUUUGAUUUGGUAUCAUAAAAUAGUGCUCUCUGGAAAUCAAUAAAUCAUGAAAGGCAAACAUGUCAUAAACCCAGAGCUAUGUCUAAAGUUCUUAGAGCUACCUUUAUAUUUUUCAAGAUAACAGGGGUAUAAUUGAAGAGGUGGGUAUAAUAUAACUUAGUAACAGUAAUUCUUGCUUCCUCAUCACAUUUUUUUUGCUGACAUCUGUUGUCAAAAUUAACCAUGUUUUAACAGAUAUGUUUUUCUGGUUUGUUUUUAAUAAAUGAAUACUUAUUUUCACAAUA